AUGGACGUGGACGUGGACGUGGACAUGGACGUGGACGUGGGCCUGGACGUGGACGUGGACGUGGAGAUGGACGUGGACGUGGACGUGGACGUGGACGUAGACGUGGACAUGGAGAUGGAAGUGGACGUGGACGUGGACGUGGACGUGUACGUGAACGUGGACGUGGACUUGGACGUGGACGUGGACGUGGACGUGGACGUGGACGUGAACGUGGACGUGGACUUGGACGUGGACGUGGACGUGGACGUGGACGUGGACGUGGACGUGGACAUGGACGUGGACGUGGUCGUGGACGUGGACUUGGUCGUGGACGUGGACGUGGACGUGGACGUGGUCGUGGACGUGGACGUGGACGUGGUCGUGGACGUAGACGUUGACGUGGACGUGGACGUGGACGUGGACGUGGACGUAGACGUUGACGUGGACGUGGAGGACGUGGACGUGGAGGACGUGGACAUGGACGUGGAGGACGUGGACGUGGACGUGGUCGUGGACGUGGACGUGGACAUGGUCGUGGACGUUGAGGACUUGGACGUGGACGUGGUCGUGGACGUGGACGUGGUCGUUGAUGUGGACGUGGACGUGGACGUGGUCGUGGACGUGGACGUGGUCGUGGACGUAAACGUGGACGUGGACGUGGUCGUGGUCGUGGACGUGGACGUGGACGUGGUCGUGGUCGUGGACGUGGAUGUAAACGUGGACGUGGACGUGGUCGUGGACGUGGAGGUGGACGUGGACGUGGACGUGGACGUGGACGUGGUCGUGGUCGUGGACGUGGACGUGGACGUAAACGUGGACGUGGACGUGGUCGUGGACGUGGAGGUGGACGUGGACGUGGUCGUGGACGUGGACGUGGACAUGGUCGUGGACGUUGAGGACUUGGACGUGGACGUGGUCGUGGACGUGGACGUGGUCGUUGAUGUGGACGUGGACGUGGACGUGGUCGUGGACGUGGACGUGGUCGUGGACGUAAACGUGGACGUGGACGUGGUCGUGGUCGUGGACGUGGACGUGGACGUGGUCGUGGUCGUGGACGUGGAUGUAAACGUGGACGUGGACGUGGUCGUGGACGUGGAGGUGGACGUGGACGUGGACGUGGACGUGGUCGUGGUCGUGGACGUGGACGUGGACGUAAACGUGGACGUGGACGUGGUCGUGGACGUGGAGGUGGACGUGGACGUGGACGUGGAUGUUGACGUGGACGCGGACGUGGACGUUGACGUGGACGCGGACGUGGACGUGGACCUGGACGUGGACCUGGACGUGGACAUGGACCUGGACGUGGACGUGGACGUGGACCUGGACGUGGACGUGGACGUGGACGUGGUCGUGGACGUGGACGUGGACGUGGUCGUGGUCGUGGACGUGGACGUGGACGUGGACGUGGACGUGGACAUGGACGUGGACGUGGACGUGGACGUGGACGUGGACCUGGACGUGGACCUGGACGUGGACAUGGACCUGGACGUGGUCUUGGACAUGGACGUAGACGUGGACAUGGACGUGGACGUGGACGUGGACAUGGACGUGGACGUGGACGUGGACGUGGACAUGGACGUGGACGUGGACGUGGACGUGGACAUGGACGUGGACAUGGACGUGGACGUGGACGCGGACGUGGACGUGGACGUGGACGUGGACGUGGACGUGGACGUGGUCGUGGAAGUGGACGUGGACGUGGACGAGGACGUGGACGUGGACGUGGACGUGGUCGUGGACGUGGACGUGGACGUGGACGUGGACGUCGACGUGGACGUGGACGUGGUCGUGGACGUGGACGUGGUCGUGGACGUGGACGUCGACGUGGACGUGGACGUCGACGUGGACGUGGACGUGGACGCGGACGCGGACGCGGACGUGGACGUGGACGUGGACGUGGUCGUGGACGUGGACGUGGUCGUGGACGUGGACGUGGACGCGGACGCGGACGUGGACGCGGACGUGGUCGUGGACGUGGACGCGGUCUUGGACGUGGACGUGGACGCGGACGUGGACGUGGACGUGGACGUGGUCGUGGACGUGGACGUGGUCGUGGACGUGGACGUGGACGUGGACGUGGUCGUGGACGUGGACGUGGUUGUCCACGACGUGGACUUGGACGUGGACGUGGAGGUGGACGUGGACGUGGACGUUGACGUGGAGGUGGACGUGGUCGUCCACGACGUGGACGUGGACGUGGACAUGGUCGUGGACGUGGUCGUGGACGAGGACAUGGUCGUGGACAUGGUCGUGGACAUGGUCGUGGACAUGGUCGUGGACGUGGACAUGGUCGUGGACGUGGUCGUGGACGUGGAGGACAUGGACGUGGACGUGGACGUGGACAUGGACGUGGACGUGGACGUGGACGUGGACGUGGACAUGAACGUGGACAUGGACGUGGACAUGGACAUGGUCGUGGACAUGGACGUGGACCUGGACGUGGACGUGGACGUGGACGUGGACAUGGACGUGGACCUGGACGUGGUCGUGGUCGUGGACGUGGAGGACGUGGACGUGGACGUGGUCGUGGACGUGGACGUGGACGUGGUCGUCCACGACGUGGACGUGGACGUGGACGUGGACAUGGACGUGGACGUGGACGUGGACGUGGACGUGGACGUGGACAUGGACGUGGACAUGGACGUGGACAUGGACAUGGUCGUGGACAUGGACGUGGACCUGGACGUGGACGUGGACAUGGACGUGGACAUGGUCGACGUGGACGUGGUCGUGGACGUGGACGUGGACGUUGACGUGGAGGACGUGGACGUGGAGGACGUGGACGUGGAGGACGUAGACGUGGACGUGGACGUGGACGUGGACGUGGACGUGAACGUGGACCUGGACGUGGACGUGGUCGUGGACGUGGACGUGGACGUGGUCGUGGUCGUGGACGUGGACGUGGAUGUGGUCGUGGACGUGGACGUGGACGUGGACUUGGUCGUGGACGUGGACGUGGACGUGGACGUGGACCUGGACGUGGACCUGGACGUGGACGUGGACGUGGACGUGGACGUGGACCUGUACGCGGACGUACACGUGGACAUGGAUGCGGACGUGGACGUGGACGUGGACGUGGACGUGGACGUGGUCGUGGUCGUGGACGUGGUCGUGGACGUGGAUGUGGACGUGGUCGUGGACGUGGUCGUGGACGUGGACGUGGACGUGGACGUGGUCGUGGACGUGGACGUGGACGUGGACGUAAACGUGGACGUGGACGUGGACAUGGACGUGGAUGUGGACGCGGACGUGGACGUGGACGUGGACGUGGACGUGGUCGUGGACGUGGUCGUGGGUGGACGUGGACGCGGUCUGGACGUGGAUGUGGACAUGGUCGUGGACGUGGACGUGGACGUGGACGUCGACGUGGACGUGGUCGUGGACGUGGACAUGGACAUGGACGUGGACGUGGACACGCGGUCGUGGACGUGGUCGGACGUGGACGUGGACGUGGUCGUGGACGUGGACGGGGACGUGGACGUGGACGUGGACGUGGACGGGGACGUGGACGUGGACGUGGACGUGGACGUAAACGUGGACGUGGACGUGGACAUGGACGUGGACGUGGACGCGGACGUGGACGCGGACGCGGACGUGGACGCGGACGCGGACGUGGACCUGGACGCGGACGUGGACGCGGACGCGGACGCGGACCUGGACCUGGACGUGGAUCUGGACGUGGACGUGGACGUGGACGUGGACAUGGACGUGGACGUGGACGCGGACGCGGACGCGGACGUGGACGUGGACGUGGGCGCGGACGCGGACGUGGACGCGGACCUGGACGUGGGCGCGGACGCGGACGUGGACGCGGACAUGGACGUGGACGUGGACGCGGACGUGGACGUGGACGCGGACGUGGACGCGGACGUGGACGCGGACGUGGACGCGGACGUGGACGCGGACGUGGACGCGGACGUGGACGCGGACGUGGACGCGGACGUGGACGUGGACGUGGACGCGGUCGUGGUCGUGGACGUGGACGUGGUCGUAGACGUGGACGUGGACGGGGACGUGGUUGUGGACGUGGACGUGGUCGUGGUCGUGGACGUGGACGUGGACGUGGACGUGGUCGUGGACGUGGUCGUGGACGUGGACGUGGUCGUGGACGUGGACGUGGACGUGGACGUGGUCGUGGAUGUGGACGUGGUCGUCCACGACGUGGACUUGGACGUGGACGUGGAGGUGGACGUGCACAUGGACGUGGACGUGGAGGUGGACGUGGGCAUGGACGUGGACAUGGACGUGGACGUGGACGUGGACGUGGACGUGGACAUGGACAUGGACGUGGACGUGGACAUGGACGUGGAUGUGGUCGUGGACGUGGAGGACAUGGACGUGGACGUGGACGUGGACGUGGACGUGGACGUGGACAUGGACGUGGACGUGGACGUGGACGUGGACGUGGACGGGACGUGGACGUGGACGUGGACGUGGUCGUGGACAUGGACGUGGACAUGGACGUGGUCGUGGACGUGGACGUGGACCUGGAGGUGGACGUGGACGUGGACGUGGUCGUGGAGUGGACGUGGACGUGGACGUGGACGUGGUCGUGGACAUGGACGUGGACCUGGACGUGGACGUGGACGUGGACGUGGUCGUGGACGUGGACGUGGACGUAGACGUGGAUGUGGUCGUAGACAUGGACGUGGACGUAGACAUGGACGUGGACGUGGACGUGGUCGUGGUCGUGGACGUGGUCGUGGACGUGGUCGUGGACGUGGACGUGGUCGUGGACGUAAACGUCGACGUGGACGUGGUCGUGGACGUGGACGUGGACGUGGACGUGGACGUGGACGUAAACGUGGACGUGGACGUGGUCGUGGACGUGGACGUGGAGGUGGACGUGGACGUGGACGUGGACGUGGUCGUGGACGUGGACGUGGACUUGGGACGUGGAGCCUGGACGUGGACGUGGACAUGGACGUGGAGAUGGACGUGGACGUGGACGUGGACGUGGACGUAGACGUGGACAUGGAGAUGGACGUGGACGUGGACGUGGACGUGGACGUGAACGUGGUCGUGGACAUGGACGUGGACGUGGACGUGGACGUAAACGUAGACGUGGACGUGGUCGUGGACGUGGACGUGGUCGUGGACGUGGACGUGGACGUGGACGUGGUCGUGGACGUGGACGUGGACGUGGACGUGGACCUUGACGUGGACGUGGUCAUGGACGUGGACGUGGACGUGGACGUGGACGUGGACGUGGUCGUGGACGUGGACGUGAACGUGGACAUGGACGUGGACGUGGACGUGGACGUGGACGUGGACGUGAAUGUGGACGUGGACGCGGACGUGGACGCGGACGUGGACGUGGAGGACUUGGACGUGGACAUAGACGUGGACGCGGACGUGGACGUGGACGCGGACGCGGACGUGGACGUGGACGCGGAC